UGUGUCUUCUGGAGCUCCUGCAGUUCUGAAGACCCCGGAUGCCUGACAACGAAGGAGACAAUGGACCGAACGGUCGUAGCAUUCAUGGAGAAAGCUGUGCUCCGAUCAUGGAAAGCCAUUGACGAAGAAUUAUUACAUAAGUCGCAGUUGAGCAGAGUGAAUCUCACAAUUUCUGUAUGCUGUGGCGACGAGGUAGAGAAACUCAAUUCGCCCUUCGGUCAGUAGACGAUAGCAAUAUACAGUACGUACGGGCCCAGUUGCGCGAUAUAACAUCCCAAAAGGUUUAAAGUCCUCUGGCUAAACAUGCUGGCGGUGUGUAAAAUGAGAGCGCCCAGUCGGGCUGCAAAGGAAAAGCCUAGCGAAGUCGGCGGAUGCCGACACGAGGCCCGCCAUCACUGAUGCGCAGCUAGCAAUUACUUUGAUCCGAUGUCAUUCAUGGCCGACUUGCCUGCUUCAAUCGAUGCAAUCUUUCCAAUUCUCGCGUGUCUCUGGAUUUGCUUGAGGGGUUAUCCCUCGCGCCGUCAUUGAAGAUCAUGUCCUUCCAGCGGCGCCGAGCGGGUGCCGAAGCGGCCAAUAUACUCUAUUUAUCACUUAUGUCAAAAGCACCUCUUCCCAUGUCAAGAAGGGUCCUUGCCCACUUCGCUUCAUCAUAACCCAUGUCCCUCCUCAUCUCUUGCUUGCUGAUCGCUGGCUUCUGGGCUUUCGCUCGGAGAUUUACGCUGAAACCCCGCCUAGUCGAUUCAAUACCGGGCCCGAAACGCGAGUCGUGGCUCUUCGGGAAUCUCCUCCAGCUUCUGCUAUCGAAGGAAUACGGGGAGUACGAAUUCCAGUGGCAGGAUGCGUUUGGCCCUUGCUACGCCAUCAGCGGGUGUUUCGGAGAGACACGUCUGAUUGUCUCUGACCCUGCCACCGCGAGAUUCAUCCUCAAUAGCCCAAUCUUCGUGUCCGGAGCCUCGCAGCAGAAGGCGGGCAACAUGCUCCUUGGCUUUGGGACCGUCUUCCUGGCGACGGGCGAUCGACACAAAUAUCUCCGCAGUCUCGUGAAUCCGGCGUUCUCGCCGAAGAGUGUGCGCGAGGCACAGCCCGUCCUUCGGGAAGUGGCGAGAAAGCUUGUCGAAGCGUGGAACGCGCUUGGGUUUCCGGGCAACACGGUGGAUGUAUUGCGAAGCUUGCACGAUGUCGCGAUGGAGAGCAUAGGCGACGUGAUUCUGCAGUAUCCACUGCAUGCAUUCGAUCGAACAGCAGGAGAAAGCACGUCUGCAAAGCAGCGUAGUUUGAUAGAUUCCGUCAGCCGUGUCUCGAAAGCAAGCCUGAUCGGCGAAGCUGUACUCGCAUACAUCCCCGACCCCGUCUUCCGGCUUGCGACUCGGCUUCCAUUCCCGCCCAUGUCCACGAUCAGGGACUAUGCGCGGCUUGUGGACGAUCUGGCACUCCAGUUGAUUGAGCAGAAGCGCAAGGAUGAGGGAUUCAAAGAGGAUCGGAGCUUUCUUAGUGAUAUGAUCCGCGUUGACCCCUCCGACCCGACUUCCGGUGCUCCAGACGAGGAGAUCGGGACCCACAUCCGGACUAUGUUGUUUGCAGGCGCUGACACGUCGGGCGGAACGCUCUCUUGGAUUGUAUACGAACUCGCGAAACGUCCUGGGCUCCAGAGCGAGCUCCGGGCAGAGAUUGGCCGAACCGAGAUGGGGCUCGAGUUUGUCGACUACGACGCGAUGCCACUCCUGAAUACCAUCAUCAACGAAACUAUCCGUCUCUACGCUGCUCUUCCAUUCGCAGAACGUGUAUCGACUGAAGACUGCAUACUUCCCUUGAGCCAAGAGGUCGUCACGAACACGGGAAAACGCGUCACGGAGAUUCCGAUACAGAAAGGACAGCUGGUUUAUGUCAGCUUGGCUUCAUAUAAUCGGCUGAAGUCUUUGUGGGGACCGGAUGCCGGGGACUUCCGGCCUGCGAGAUGGCUCGAGAAAGCAUCUCCGUGCAGUGGGACUGCGAUUGGACCCCAUGCUUCGCUAUUGAGCUUCCUUGCUGGCCCUGGUACUUGUCUCGGCUGGCGUUUCGCAAUACUGCAAUUUCAGAUUGUGGUCGUGGAUAUUGUCCGACACUUUGUCCUCUCGCUGCCAGGAGACGAUUCAGUCAGGCCUUGCUAUCGUCAUCGCUUCCACCGCACCAUGGCUGUCGGCUCUCGCAAACAAAUCACCUACGCCCAUAAACGCAACAGAAUGCAUAAACCCACUUCUACUACUGCACGACCUCUCGUCUCUGCCUCUUCGCCCCUUCCCCAGCUCGACGACUCUGAAUAUACGUCAAAAGAAGAACUGCAUCGCCGCCUCCGCAAACGCGCACGUCGCUCAUCAAAUCCCGAAUCCAUGUCCAAGAAACUCAAACCUAGUCUUGCUGAUGAAGAACUUCAAUUCAGUUCAAUAGGAAUGAGUCCCAGUCCUCCUCCUGCUACUCCUACCGAUCGGUCUCAAUUUGAAACACCUCUGCCAUCCGCCCUCACUGAAGGGCAAGUGUUCAAGCUCAAGUCUUCCCGUCCAUCGUCCCCUCACCCUUCGUCUCCUCCCAUCCCUGUCCGUCGUACUGCCUCGCAUAAACUGAAGGAGAAUGCUGUUCGUGAGCCGGUCAAGAAGAAAAUGAAGAAGAAAGGCGGCGCGCUUGACAGUCCUUUCAACAGUCGUCCUGGAUCUGUGACGUCGUCUCCUCAGAAUAACAGCAAGCCUACCACGACUGUCGCCAAUUCAAUGCAAAAGAAGUCUCUCAAACGUACACUCUCUGAUACGAACUAUAAUCCCAAUAUCCCUCACAGUUCGAGCACUGCCAAUUCACCUGUGCGGCCCUUCACCGAUGACUCUUUACACUCUCCUCUGCUUCGCACCCGUCGCCCAUCGGCACCAAGCCCUCCGCGAUGGAGCGUGCAUGCCAACUCGAGCUUCGACUGUCACUUUAAUCCAGCUGCCGAAAGGCCGUUCUUUCUACCUUCUGCGACGGCCCACAUCGACUUCAAUCGUCCACCGUCAUCCAUGUCCUUCUACGGCGACUCAGGCUCCGACUCGGAGGAAGGGUUCUUCGCCGACGCGCAAGGCAUCUCGACUCCUGCUCGCGAUCAACGCGCAUAUAUGCUAGGCCAGAAUGUGGAUAUGGACAUGGAUGUCGAGGGCGAUGAGAUGGACGAGGAUGACGACAUCACACCCCAGUCGCAUCCAGGGAUGAAAGACCUUCCUGCCCGAACACGCAGUCCGUGGUUGAGCGACAGCAUCGUAUCACCGCCCACUUCGCAAGAAUGGGAUCGGCCCCCGCUGGUCCCGUACAGUCCGGGGCCCGGUAGCGAAGACGUCGACAUGUACGAUGAGUUGUCGCUGGAAUUGGGAUUGGGGCCUCCCGGUUUUGGAGAGAAGAGGGCACACACAGAGAUGGAUCUGAAGCAGAUGUUCGAUGAUAUGGCUCUUGGGACUACCACCAAGAACCGCGUUGUUCUCAAUCGUACGCGCUCUCUCGACAGCUCGACGCCGGCGGAGGAACACGACGGAGUUCGUCCGGCCGUCAAAGGUCGAGACCGCCGUGGCACCAUUCGCGCUUCUGACUUCAAGACCGCCAUCCCCACCACGGCCGCUCCCCCUCGCCGCACGCGCAGCGGGACUGUCAUCGGGCCUCCCACUCGAGCGCGCAGCUCCAGCUCGGCCGUCAUGCCAGGCACCACAGCCAUCGGCGAAGCCAGUGAAGACGAGGAGAUUGACCACAUGUGCAGCGAAGGCUGGGCGGUGGCUGAUCCGCCUUCUCCCGUCGUUUCACGCCGCCACACGCCGCUCGAGGACUCGUUCGAGUUCGAUGAACUCGACCUGCUUGCGCGGCCGACGAGCGCGGGGCUGAUGCCUGCUCCAGUCCUCUUCCGUGCCGAUGCCACUAACGCCAGCAACAGCCGGAAGCCGCGCUCGAUUACUUCCCCUCGGGAGAUUGCUAUGGAAGAGGAGGAUGACGGCGAGGACGAUCCGUUGCUGCUCAAGCCGCGCGCUCGCUGAUAGAGAGACGCCUUUCCCCAGGCUUCUGCUUUCUAAAGUUCCCUUGGAGAUUCUGUUUAGCUGAAACACCUCUGCGCAUAACGUUAUUUAUCGGCUGUCUCAUGCGAUGUACAUACAUACACUGGAAGGACACGGACUGGACAUCGGUUAUAUCUGGUACUUUAUGAAUAGUAAAGUCUUCACAUUCUGUCCUUUACAUAGUGAAUUGUGACUGUACUUGAUGGACUGAGGCUG